AUGGCCUCUUCUUCUUCGCCGCUGCAUGCUUCGUUCCUGGAGAGUAGUAGAAUUCCGCCGAAUCGCAAUAAUGAGAACACCACAACCACCACCGAUCGUUCAUCACCGUCCUUUCCUGCAUCUGGCGCCGGAUCGCCGAGCACGGGAGCACCACCACGGGGUGCGAGAUCAUUGAGCAAUAGUAGGCAGAAACGCCGACUAAAACUUCGCAAUGCAGGCUUUCGAGGUCCUGCGAUUCCUGGGAGGAGGGUGACGCCGGCGAACACUUCCUCGACCUUGACCACGACCACUUGGUCUGCGGCGAGCGAUGCGGAGAAUAUAAGCCCAUUGGGUAGAAUGAAGACAUACGAAAACGAUGACAGGAUAGGAGAGAGGGAUAGUAAUUGGAAUACAACGAGAAGGAAUGAUUCUGGGGUGGAAGUGUUGCAGGAUAUUGUCAACUCGUCGGCGACACGGCGCGCGCGGCCACGCGUGACCUCGGGGAAGUUUUGGUCAACUACAAACGCAGACACAAGCGAGGCCCUGGUUGCUCUCGACAACGACAACGACUCUUCUCCGCUGCACCCAACUUCAACAACCACCAACUCUCGUUCUCUGAGGGUACGAGCAAACAUGGAGGGUUUCGGACGACGUCUCGAUCGAGAGCAACGAGAGAAAGACACGAAUGAUCACAUCGCAUAUCUGGAGACAGCAUUGGCAGAGACGCUCAAAGACCUUGACAAGCAGGUGUCUUCCUCAACCGCCAAAGAGCUUUCCGAUACACUGCGGCACCUGAGAGCCGCGAAUCGAGGACUGCACCAAGACUUACGUGACUGGGAGAAGCGUUAUCAAGAUCGUGUUUCCGAGGCCACUGAAGACCACCGCAAGGUCGAAGUCGCCCUGCGCAAUCGAGUCGUCCAGCUUGAAACGCAAGUGACCACUUUGCAAACGCCCAUCCAGAACGUUUACGCUGCUACGACGGACAAGUGGCACUCCGAGAAGUUUAAGACACUUGAAGCCCACAUCGCACGGCUGGAAAUUGAGCUGGUGCAGCAAAAGGAUAAGAAUGAAUCUCUCCAGAAAAAGAAAGAUAAGGUCAAUCGUCUUUUGGCGGAGUCCACUUCACCAGCCAAGUUCGACCCUCCAUCGGCUACGCCAGGGCUCUCAAGACGUGGUAGGCCCACGUCUUUGAACGUCCGCGUCCCUACAGUUGGAGAGUUGGCCAUGUCACCAGAUCGCUUCUCGGCUACUUCACCAGCAUUCUCUCGCAUGCGACAGAGUCCUCGAGGACCAUUCUCUCCGCUGGGCCAGACGUUCUCUCCUGAAGUCAUGUCGCCCGUCGACAACGGCAGCGAGUCGGACGCUUCGUUCAGCACCAGCAGCAUGCAGCCAUCGGACACCAUCUCAAGACGCAACAGACACAUGAGGAAAUUCGAGGGAAACGCGCCUAAGCCGCUCCUUCUCCCAGAGAUGUCUUUGUCCACAAAGCGAACGAUCCGAUCAGCUCCUAUCUUCGAGUCGCACGACGGCGAGACUCCAUUCAAAUUCCCACCUUUCGAAUCGACCGACGGUAGCCCACAUAGUCGUCGCCGCAGUUCUUCGACCGAGUCAAACGCUGCGGCCAUGUCGCCACCACCAGCAGGCUUGCGAUUCGACACCACCGACACUGAGGUUGACGUUGAUACGUCGCUCAAGAUGUUCUCCCCGACCUCCGACUCAUUUGACGACGUCAACGACCGCAACUUCUCUGCCAGCACGCGAGACUCAACGAUCGGUAGACACUUCCACCGCAACCUCAUGGAUGAGCUUACCGCCGCUCGCAACUCGAGCACCAGCACAGACAAUGAGCAGUUCCAUUCUGAUCCUGCCUCGACCGACCACGCAUCGACCGAUGAUACGAUGAACACAGUCAUACGUGCGAGUCCUCAGUCCAGCCCAUUCGAUUCAGAGGUGGAAGAGCUGCCGGAGGAGGGUGAUGAUAACAAUGAUGCGGAUGCGCAUGCGCCAAUUCCUGUCGUCGAUACUGGCUCGUCCGCCAGCAGGCCUCCAUCGCCGCUGUACGCAGAGCGUCGCAAGCCAGUCAUCAUUCAGCACAUCUUGCAGACCCAUGCCAGCAACACAUCCCUCAUGUCGGCCUCUCAGGCUUCGCUAUCGACUGUCGGUAUCGCCUCCAAUUCUUCACGCUCGACUCUGGACAGCUUGAGAACCGUACUCAGCAACCUCUUCCAUUCGCCAAUCGAUGUGGUUAAGCACCUUGUUCAGGCAGCACAGGCACGCAUGUCAAUUCCUCGCCCACUUCUUUCGAUUCAGUGGUGGCUUGUCGGCUUCUUGUUCGGUCCCAUGGCUCGUCAUGGCAUGCUCGGCCACUCAUCAUCAGGCACCAGCAGCGAGCAGCAGUCCCUGAUCGAAGACUCGCCCUCCCAAGACCAAGACGUCAACGCUCUGAGCUACGGCACAGCAUACCAGACCCCAGAGACCUCGCCCUCUCCCGUCGUCACCGGCAGCAAUAGCAUGGUUGCCGGCACCGGCAAGAAGCGCGCGAGCAGCCCCAGCGAUAAGAACGUUGCGGUCCCCUCUGGCGCCGGCGCUGGCAAGGUAGCUAAGCACUGCCCUCACCAACCGCGUCGCUGGAAGCACAGCCCACUGCUCUGGCUCAAGUUUAGCAUGUGUCUGGCGGUCGCGGUGGGCGUAGCUUUCAAGGAUGGGCCUAGCAGCCUGCUCAAGGAGGCUGUGUGCCAGGCCUGCAAGGGGAAGAAGGGCAACUGGAGGAAGACGAGCCGGGACGAGCCUUUCACGCCGCCGUACUGA